AAAGAAUGGAUCGAGUGAAAAUUUACAAAUAUUUAAAAAAUGCGUCUAGUAUUAUUUGAUGACGAUUAUAUAGAUAUUAAAAUAACAUUAGCGUGAAUGCAAAUCAAUAAUGGUAUAAUUUCUAGAAAAUUAAUUUGCACACUCCAAUGUUAUCGCUAAAUAAAUAUUUGCGUCUGUAUUAGUGUCAGAAACAAAUGCACCUACCCAAGUAUCGUCAUCCUAACUUAUCGUAGUAUAAACUUUCGUAGGAAAACAUCGCGGCGGUGCAAUUGAAGAUCAAAAAGUUCAUAUCAGAAGAUAAUAAUUAAAAACUUGGCACUUUUACCACAUGACGGUACAUGACAGAACAAAUAAAUAUCAAGAAUAUAACCUGCUUUUAUAAUCUCUGCAAACGUAUGAUAUAAAUAAAUCAGUAAAUUAAAUUCAUUUCUUCAAUAUCUUCUUAAAUAAAGAGAGAAAGAGAGACGCAAAAAUAAUCUUGAAAAGUGCGAAAUAAAAAUGUGUGAUUGUCCACAACGCUUGGCAGAUGAUAAAAUCGUUGGGAAAAUUGACCCGGAAACCGUAACCCUUUUCUCGAAAUGUUUCACAUCUUAUCGUCCCGGAAAGGAUAUCCUCGAACAUAAAAUUCCCUCCAAUUCGAAUUGCACGUCGAUCGAUUCCGUGCAAUCUAAUAGCAGUGAUACGACAAGCGACUCUGCGAAAAAAUCGUUGUCGAGCCUGGAAUCCUCUAGCGAAUCCAGCAGAUCGUAUAUAUUUAUUCCAACGGAAUGCGAUUAUUCCGGCGAAGAAGAGGGUUUCAAAUCACCAGCGGUUUGCUUCGAAAACGAUAAAAUUAAAAAGACUGUCGAGAAGGAGCCGGAAGUCGAAUACACCUUAGCCAUAAUAAAGCCGGAGGCGGUGGUCUACAGAAAGGAGAUCCAGCAUCGAAUAUACACGGAAGGUUUCGAGAUUUGUCAAACACGUUGGCUUCAGCUUACACCCGAACAGGUUUCAGAAUUCUAUAACGAUCACUUCGGCGAACUGAGUUUUCCUCAUCUGGUGGCAUAUAUGUCCUCGGGACCUAUUAUAGUGUUUGUGUUGGCAAAGCAGAACGCCGUGGAAGAAUGGAAGAAGAUCAUGGGACCAGCCACGGUAAUGGAAGCGCGUCUAUAUUUUCCCGACAGCAUCAGGGCGAGAUACGGUCGCAGAGGGGAUGGUUUUAAGAACGCUGUACACGGUAGCAGCAGUCGCGAACAAGCCGAGAAGGAGAUCCACUUUUUCUUUCCUAAAUGUAAGAAUUAUUUUUCCAUUUUGUUGUCUUUUAAUGUCUUUAAUUUUUCAAAUACUUUUAAUAGCAUCGUUUUGAUACUGAAUUGGAAUUUUUCUUUUCUUUUAGUCAUAAUCGAGCCGUUAUUAAGGGACGAGAUGGUUGAAGAUUAUUUAUGGGAGAAUAUUAACCCGAUUCUCGUCGAAGGUCUAACUUUGUGCUGCAAACAUAGACCGGCCGAUCCUGUAUUGUGGUUGGCGCACUGGCUGAUCCUGAACAACCCUAAUAAACCUAAACUACCGGAAGAUCUCGCUUUAAUUCCGACAUAACGUUAUUUAAAAUUCAUCUCGUGUGUUAUCCAUUUAAUUCUACACUUUAAUACGAUAAGAAA